AACCAGUCCAGCAGCCAUCAUAUAAUUACUUCUGAGUCUUUUAUUUUCUAAAUGCCCUCUGAACCCCCAAGAAACAUUUUUCUCGGUGUAAGCAGCACCGAUUACCAAUGCUACUCCACUGAAUGCUGAGAGCGGUUCAUCUUAAUUAUUUCGUUUGGCUGAAACUCGCCUGAUUUUUAGAAAAAUAUAUCAAUCAACGACUGAAGUUGCACUAGUGAUCUUCCAUCAGAGAUGUUAAGUGACGUUGCGUACAUUUUGGACUGUCAUGACUGUGUAUCUCAUACUUUUGCAUUAUUUUCUGCCUUCCCCCUUUAACCAAAAUGUUGGCUACCAGUCUCCGUGUACCUGUAUUUCGAUUCUGUGUGAAAGACGUGACACGCUGUCUUCACAGUCAUAAGCGUAUACUGAAAGCUAUUCAUGGCUCUCUCCUUGGAAUCAGAACAGUUUCCAGGUGUACGGCAAGUUCUUGCACAAUCCCAGUAGGUUCUGGCCGAGAAUUUGGCAUGUUGGAGAAAUACACCCAGUUGAGGUUCAGAGUUCUGUGCAGCGAUGCCAAUGCAACAGUGAAAGAACCUAGGGGAAGGAAGGUGACAGUUCCCAAUGUAGAAACCAAACAAUACCUGACUUCGAUUGGCCUGGACUGUGACAUCAUCCAGGAGGGCCAACCCAUGGUGCUUCUAGAAGAUGUGACAAAGGUUCGAAACCACGUGACAUUCCUGCAGAAUCUUAAUUUGAGCGAUGAGGAGGUCGUGGCUAUACUUAAGAAGACACCAGAGCUGUUGAAAGUGAACACUGCCAGUAUCCAAGAGCACAUCAGAUACUUGCAAGACUUGGAGUUGGAGGGACUUCUCAUACUGAACAUCAUGCAGCGGGUCCCGCGAUUCUUCACCUCUCCUUUGUCGCGGAUAGAGUCCAACGUGGAGUACAUUCAGAGCUUGAGUCUGACCAACAAGAACAUGCGAAUCCUGUUGAAGUACUUCCCCAGCUUGUUUUACCGGCGUAAGAACGGGGUCCAGUAUGCCGGGGAGUGCCUGCAGCGGAUCCUGUUGGAGCAUGACCCCAACUGUAACCCUCAGGCAUCCCUGAAGUACAUGAUUCGAACCGAUCCGCUCUUGUUCGGUCGCACCGUUGGCGAGAUCGAACACCGGGUCACGCAUCUUAUCAGUCUGGGCUUCGAUGGCAUAUCCCUGGCCAAGAUAAUCCGUUUCUGCCCGAGCGUGCUGAGAAUCGGCACGGAAUUCAUCACAGAACGUCUCCUUCUGGUGCAGAAGUGCCUGUCUCUCACUCGUGAACAAUCCCUUGACAUCGUCAUGCGCUUGCCGAAGAUUCUGCAUGCUUCGGACCACACCCUAGAGACUAAAGUUGACUAUCUCUUCAAGAGAGGCUACACGGCGGCCGAUAUAUUUCGCAACCCCAGGGUUUUCAACACCGGUCUUGAGCGGAUGGCCAGUCGACUGGACAAGUUGGCAGAGUUGAAGUUCCGGCCCAAGAGUCUGAGUUUCAUGCAGAGGACAGACGAGUGGUUCGAGAAUUACCUUCAGGAGAUCAAGCACAGACAGGAGGAAAUGGUGGAGAAAUCAAAACAGAGCAGUGAAUGAUGCCAGGAAA